ACGUUAUCACUAAAAAAAGCGGGACGUCAUGUUUUGUGUAACGUCACUUCCGGAAAACAACAUUGCUGAUUAUCCGACGGAAAUGUAUCAGAACUUUAACAGGCUGAAGUAAAAUGAGUGUGUUGGUCCCUUCACACGGAUGUGCACACAGUCACAAACUGAGUGACACCAUGGGAACAUCCUCAUAUUCUGCUAUCAACAGUGACCCGGAUAUUGGAUACAGUUCACACAGACACAAUAGCAAACGGAAGCACAAACAUAAGAAGCAAAAGAAACACAGACACCACAAGAACGGGUCUAAAUCAUCGGAAGUUAAGUCAGUAGACAAAAGAAGAAACACUGAAGAAGCGGGUCUAAAUAAAAUAAGUAAAAGCAAAUCAGAUGAUUACAGAAGUUCGGGGGAUUAUUUAAAUAAAGGUAGAGACUUUUUAGUACCGAUAGAAGACAUGCCAGAUUUCUCAUGGCUUACCAAAGAGUUCAAAUUUUCUGACAUUACUAACACGUUUGACAGCGAAAGUGCUGUUACUGAAAUUUCUGCACCGGAACCAGGUCUCAGCCAGAGAGAAUUAACGUCAGCAAAUUUGCCUGGCGUUUAUGACCCUGCAAAGUACAAACAAGACGAAAGAUCCACAAUUGAACAAGAGAUACAAGAAAAAUAUGCUGAAAUUGAUGUUUUGCUAGGUAAACUUAAUGCUAAACGGCAACGAUCAAAACGCAGACGAAAGUAUCACUUGAGAAAAUACGACAGUUUAUGUUCUGGUGAAAGCGGCCAAUGGACGUCUUCGUACGUUAACAUCUGUCCAAUUAAAAGAAAUAAAAGAUGCGCGCAGCCAAUCAGAGAUGCACUACUUGUUAGAUCAGCAAUGCGGAAGACAUGGAAAGGUUUGCUUGGAUCGUGCUGCGGGAAAGGAUGCUGGGCGUCCUGGAAGUGGGUCAGUCUUCGAUGUGUUAUUUCUGAUUAUGAGUGAAAUAUAAAUUGUUUAGUUUCUAGCAUUUAAGUUACAUCGGAACAAUUCAAAAUAACUUUGAGAUAAAAACUAUUUUAUUUUUCUAGUAAAGUUACACAUCUAGGUAAAAAAAAAGAUGUUUAGUACGAUAACAAAAGUAAUGGAACAAAUAUCAUACAAAUAAAUAAAUAAAUAAAGAA